UAUUAUUAGAGCUAUUUAUUGAUUUAUUUUUUUAUUAAUUAAGUUAAAUAUUUGUUAAAUUUAAUUUAAUGAUAAGAAAACAUAAUCCGGCAUUUCGACACACGCCAAGAGCUGUUUUGGAUAUAUUUUGGGUAUUUGACCGUGGUUUAAAAGCUAUACCAUUGAGUGUUGACUUAUGGAUUCAUUAUAUGGGUUAUAUGAAAUCAGCAUAUCCAGAUGAUGAAGACAUGAUAAGGGAACAAUUUGAAAGGGCGGUAGAAGCUUGUGGAAUUGAAUUUCGAUCGGAUCGUUUAUGGGAUCAUUAUAUUAAAUUUGAAUUGGAAUGUAAACAAUAUUCAAGAGUGACAGAUAUUUAUGAACGUCUAAUUGCUACUCCAACUCAUGGGUUUUUAAAUAAUUUUGAAUGUUUCAAAGACUUUGUAAAAAAGUAUCCUAAAAACAAAAUUUUGGAAGCUGUUAAAUUUUUAGAGUUAAGGAAGGAAGUAUUAGCUGAGAUUAAGGAAGCUGAGGCUAAAAAAGCACAUGGUAGAAAAAUUGAUUCUGGUUCUGACUCUGAUGACAUGGCCGAUCCUAUAGAACAACGAACCAAAGAAGAAAAUUUAAUGAAAGAUAAAAUGAUAUCAUCGCGUAUUGAAAUACAUAAGCACACAGCAGAAAUGGUUGCAUUACGAUUACCCUAUGAAGAAAUGAUUAAACGGCCAUACUUUCAUGUAAAACCUUUAGAAAGAUCUCAAAUUAGGAACUGGAAAGAAUAUUUAGAAUUUGAAAUUAGUCAUGGUUCAUACAAACGCAUCGUGGUGUUAUUCGAAAGGUGUUUAAUUGCUUGUGCUUUAUAUGAAGAAUUUUGGACUAAGUAUGUAGGUUAUUUGGAAAGUCUUGAAUCUGAUGACCAGGAAGUUAAAGACCGUAUAGAGGACAUAUACAUCAGAGCAUGCACUGUUCAUCAUAAGAAUAAACCUAGUAUUAAUUUAACAUGGGCUCUACAUUUAGAAAAAAAUGGACAAUAUGAUAAAGCAGCUCAAAUUUUAGAUAUGUUAGACAGUGUAUCUCCUGACAAAAAGUUGAUUAUACAAAGAAGGAUUAAUUUAGAAAGACGAAGAAAUUGUAAUGAUAGAGUAUGCGAGUUAUAUGAACAUUACAUUAGUACAGCAAACUCUUCAUUAACUUCUAUUUUGUUGACAGUAAAAUAUGCUCGAUUUGUUUGGAAAAUGUUACACAACAGUGAUCGAGCUUCUAAAAUUUUGUUAGCUGAAGUAGAAAAAAUCAAUAAUGUUCAAAAAAGUAGUCGUCUUCUGUUACAAUUAAUUGAAAUCAAAAUGAGUGACAAUCCUAUGAAUAUUCCUGCGGUAGUUAAACUGAUUGAUAGCAUCUUAGUCAUGAAGUCUAUUGAUGUCGAACAACAAGUUAUUUUUGCUCAACGUAAAGUUGAAUUCCUAGAAGAAUUUGGCAAGGACAUACUUAUUAUUAACAAAGCUACAGCAGAAUUGAAAAAGUACAUGAAAACAUACAACGAAAGUGAAAAAAAAACAGAACUUUUUGACACUCUUUGUAGUGGCAAGACAUAAAUUUGCCAUGAUGUUGACCAUUUGUUUUUAAUAAGUAUAUUUUAUUAUAAACUCUUCAUUAAUGUAAAUAAAUCUAUGUUUAAAUAUUAUU